AUGUCGAGAAGUCGCGCCCUUGUUCCUGUGCUCGUCGGCAUGAUGCUGUUGACUGGCGUCUGCAAUACGCUGCUUACGAAGUAUCAGGACAUGCAAUGCAUCUCCGACUGCGACACCGACCGACCAAAACGAUUCGAGCAACCCGUCAUCCAGACUCUGCAGAUGUUCGUGGGAGAGUCCGGCUGCUGGCUCGUCGUCUUCUUGUCCUACUUGUUCCGCCGCAUACGAGGAAAGAGCGUGGCUUCCGGAACAGGCUACCAGUCGGUGAAUACGCAGGAUGGCGAGGACGAUGAAGAGGUGGAGGAUGACGAGGACGAGGCGGCAGCACACCUUUCUACGCAACCCCUCAGCGGUUGGAGAGUGGUGAUGCUGGCGUUGCCUUCCACCUGCGAUAUCUGUGGCACAACAUUGAUGAACAUUGGCUUGCUUUUCGUUGCGGCUUCUAUAUAUCAGAUGACGAGAGGAGCUCUGGUGCUGUUCGUUGGCUUAUUCAGCGUACUCUUCCUCAAGCGUCAUCUAACAGGAUGGAAGUGGGCGAGCUUGUUCAUCGUUGUGCUCGGAGUGGCUGUCGUUGGACUUGCUGGUGCUCUCGAGAACAAGGACACUCAGCAGCAUCCGAAACUACCUGGCGACACUCAGCCGCCGGAGGACUUGCUCGACAAUGUUAUGACGUUCGUUCGACGGGAAGCUUCAACUCUUGAGGUUCACACAGCCGCCGAGACUGUUCUCGGAUUCUUCUUGAUUGCCGUGGCUCAAAUCUUCACCGCCACGCAGUUCGUCUUGGAGGAGAGCAUCAUGGAGCGAUACUCGAUGGAUCCCAUACAAGUCGUUGGCUGGGAGGGCGUGUUUGGCUUCCUGGUCACCCUGAUCGGCAUGGGUAUUCUUCACGCGACUGUGGGCUCAACGCCUGCCGGCAAGGGAGGAUACUUUGACGCAAGAGAGGGCUUUUACGAGAUCUUCCACUACCCUGCGAUCGGAUUCACUUCACUUCUGAUCAUGAUAUCCAUUGGCGGCUUCAACUUCUUCGGUCUGAGCGUUACUCGCAGCCUCUCUGCAACCUCCCGUUCCACCAUCGACACUUGCCGAACACUGUUCAUUUGGAUAGUGAGCCUUGGUCUGGGGUGGGAGACCUUCAAGUGGCUGCAAGUCGUUGGGUUCGCCCUUCUUGUUUGGGGCACAGCGAUUUUCAACGAGAUUGUGCAGCCGCCGACCAUAAAGUUACUUCGAAGGCAGAAGCGCGGAGCGAUUGCGCUGGAGGAGUGA